AUGGCAUCGACAUCGAAGAAGUCGGCGAUGGAGAUCGAAGAGAGAAAUGGAGCUGGUAGACUGCGCAAUCGCUGGGUGCAUGAGCCCGACGGUCGCAUUGUUGAGGCGCCGACGACAACUACAGCAGCCACUACCAGAUUCUGGGAGAUGAACGUGCGACAGGUCCUCUAUGAUGCCUUUCUGCCGAUCGGCUACCCCGACUCAGUCACCCCCGACUAUCUGGGCUACCAGACCUACGACUCAUUGCAGGCUUUCUUCUCAACCAUCACCUCCCUCCUCGCCAACCGCGCGGUCCUCCAAGGCCUUGGUGUUGGUGAUGCCAACUCUUCUGCUACCUAUGCCCUCCUGAUGACCAUCCUCAAGGACGGCAUCUCCCGUGUCGCGACCAUCACUUUUGCUUACCGCUUCGGCCUCGUUAUCGAGCCAGAGUGCAAGAAGUACCGCUUUCUGGCUGAUAUUUUCAACGACAGCGCCUUCUUCCUCGACCUCUUCAGUCCAUUAUUUGGGGCCUGGCCAAAGGUCGUCGCGCUCGUCUUUGCGGAGGCGCUGAGGGCCAUGUGCGGCGUCGCUGCAGGCGCGAGCAAAGCCGCUCUCUCGAAGCAUUUUGCGCGCCGUAACAACCUCAGUGAACUCAAUGCCAAGGAAUCCAGCCAGGAAACUGCCGUCGGACUGUUCGGUCUGCUCAUCGGUAGUGUCGUUGUGCGUUACGUCGAGAGCCGGGAGGCGGUGUUCACCUUGAUGGUCAUUCUCAUCUUUGUUCACCUCGGUAUGAACUACCUCGGAGUGCGCUGUGUACAGCUUGAUGUUCUCAACCAGCAGCGAGCUACAAUACUGUUUCAGCACUUUUUAAACACCGGCAAAAUUCUGUCGCCCGCGGAGGUCGCCAAGAGAGAGAGCAUCAUUUUCUGGAAGCCUAUCUACAGACCCCGUGGUGAAGCCGUCGCGACAGUCGUCUUCGCGACAAGCUACGCUGAUGCCAUGACCCGUGGCAUCGUCGUCCGCCCAUUCGAAAGUAAUCAGCCUGGGUCUUCGCCAGAGCAAUUAUCCUACCAGCUUUGCCUCUGUCGCUCCAAAACAGACCUCCCCAUCAUCAAGAUCCUGCUCAUAGGCGACCCUCUCCGUCUUCCUGCUGGCAACGUCACCACCCUCGAAGCCUGGUUCUCGGCGCUCUGUCUAGUCCAUUCUCCGGAAUUUCAAAAUGCGUCAGCUACCGAGGGCAAAAACUUCAAUGAUAACGACGAGAAGAAGGACUGCCGCCACGUGUUCGAGCAGCUUGAAUCAGCUGGCUGGAACCUCUCCGAGACCAAUUUGGACACAUCCGCGCCUUGGAUGACCAUCAAGAUGGGAAAUGGCGAGGGCAAGAAGGAGCUCUAG